AUGAAUGAAGAAAGAGAGUGGAGGUUGAACCGGUUAUGGAGCAAACCUCCAUUAUCUUCUUCUUGGUGGUGACUGAAGAAAAUUUAUGGUGUAAGUACUCGUACUGGCCUACUUACUGGAUAAGGGCUUUGGACCUUACGAAAAGUCCUUGGGCCCGAAAGCCCAUUAUCCAGAACGACGUCGUUUACAAGGCAAUAGAGAAAAUUUUUGUUUGCCCGCCCUUUUUCAUUUUCCCGCCGAAGAACCUCAAAACAACAACGUUAAACGACGUCGUUCUUGCAUUUCUUCAUCUUGAUCUUCCGUCAUCUUCUUCCUCUCCGUCUCAGCCUGCACAUGUUAGCCUCUUUCAUUCUAUCUGCAAAUCUGGAUCGAGUUCUUUUAUUCUGCAACACGGAGAUUUAUCUGUUUUUCUAAUGGGAAAAGGAACGAUAACAGAUUACAGCAAAACGCAGCGUAUAGUGUUUCUGAUAGACCUCAACCCUCUUUUCCAUCUGUCGGACUCAACUCCAUACCUGACCACUCUCCUUUCCUCCAUCAAGACCAUUCUCUGUUUUCCACCUCUAUCGUCAUCUCUAUUUUCCUUCAAGCCAUUCUUUUCAUCUCUCUCCCCUCUCCUAUCCUGCUCCAAGCUCCCUUCCUUUUCCUUUUUUGGUUCUCUCUCAUUUGACCUCCAUGAACCCACCUUAUCCCUUCUCUCCCGCCUCUUCGUUUCCCUCGAGGAAAUCCCAAUUUCUUCUAAUUCGAGUUCUGCUGAAGCUACGUUGCCUCGUGGGCUCCAUAUUGCCGCUUCCAUGCGCCAGCUCGCACACGAAUACGCGUGGGAUCCGAUGGUUCGCGAUCCUGUGAUGGGUAAGGUUCUGGGUUGUGAUGAUUCUGUUUCUGUUAGGUCCAAUUUGGUUGUUUUGCUUUCUCCGAUUUGUAGAGAUUUUGAUUCAUUAGCUGCGUUCUUAAAUUUGGGAAUUGAUGAUCAGUGCUUAAAGGAUUUGGAUUUGUUUAAAUUGAAAUUUCGUGGGAUUUUUGGGAGUGUGAAUGAUGCUUUUGUUUCCCGCGAUAUUCAUUUCAGUUGGGUGGAUGUGAAAUUUGAAUCGGGAUCUACUCAACAGGGAGUUGAGAUCGGUGGUUCUGGAUCGACAUUUGCGUUUUUUGAGAGUGGAAUUAGGGAUUUGGGAUGGGGGUUUUCUUCAACUGAUUCAAUUGCUGGGUCUGCUUUGCUUCCUUUUGGAUUGAUUUACCCGAGAAUUGGGAUUUCUUCUUAUUUUUCCCUUUAUAAUGAACGUUGCAAGAGAGUCCAUGUGCAACUGAGCCUUGAGAUCUUAGACGUAAAAGGUAAGCCUUUACAAUGCAAAUGCUGUGAGCUAGAGUUGAUUGUUCCCAGAAUCUUCCAUGAAAUUAGGCUUGAUGGGUCCACGAAUUUACAGACUGGUUGUGAUGAGAAGAGCAAAAGAUUAUUGGUGGAGAAACUUUGUGAUGGAGUCACAAAACUUCAUAUUAAGGCAGUUAGGAGGUAUCAGGAGUGUGUGAAGAUUGAGGAACACUUAUCUGAACCUGUUACAGUUUGUGAAUUUUUGGGUGAAUCUGGUUCCGAUAACAAAGGGAACUCCAGUAAUUUACAUGUAAAUCGGAUUCUUCGAAUAUUGGCUCUGGAAAUGGGUGAGUGUAGCUUGCCAAAAUCUGUGCCCAUUUGGAAAAUUCUGUUGAGCUUUUUAUAUAGGGAAGGUUACUGGGCUUUGGUGGCCCUUUCAAGUGACAAAAGUCCUUUAUGUAUGGGAAUUCUCAAGCCCUUCACAGUUUCUUCAGCUCUACUUUCCAUUAUGAAUGAUGAAUUCUACCCUUGGAACAUGGUACAAGAAUUUGGUGGAGGAGGAACUGAGUUGAUCACAAAAGCAGAUUAUGUGAUUAGCAAAUCAAAUGCUGAUAUGGAGCACUCUCCUUUUCUGGAUUCCCAAUCCGGGCCUGCAUCACAUGGUAAGCACACAGCAGAAAACAUUGAGAAAAGGAAAACUAGCAGAAAAAAAUUACAUUUGCUUCAGAACCUCUCAUGGGAUGCUUUUUGCAAAGCUGUGCCUGAUCAUUAUGUAGACUUAGAAGAUAUCUUUUUUGCAACUGAAUGUGAUAACUCAAAGAAGUUAAAAUUUAUGAAAUGCUGGAUGAAGCAGAUAAAGAAAUCUAGCAGUUGCAGCUUGGCAAUAACUGUAAAUUCCAAGCCGUGUGAGGAUAUCACAAAACAAUUAGACCCUAGAAUGGGGGAGCUUCUUCAAGAAAGCGAACAAUCAAUCCCUUUAUCUGCAUCAUUGGGAGAUAAUUCAAAUUCUUUGGUUGAGAUUUAUAGGGUGCAGGAGAAAGAUACUCUUUAUUACCACUCAGAAAACUCAGAAACUUUAGAAAGUUUCUUCUGUAGUCUUCCUGAUAAAAUUAAACAAGGAGUUGCAUCUGAAGAAGUGGAUGUAUGGGCUUUGGCAGACCGACUCGUGACCUCAUCUAUUUUCUGGUUAUGCCGAAAAUUUGAAAAGAAAAUUGAGAGUGAAGCUCCUGUGCCCAAAAUUGAGAAUGCUUGUGGUGGCAUGGUAGCAGAGGAACUGACCAGACUCUUACUCAGGGAGCCCAAGGAGUUGUUUUUGAUGCACAAAAAGAAUGAUCCGUUGUCUAUGGCGUCUGAUUCAAAAAAUUUAAUAAAAGAAUAUGAACUACAGAUUCUCUUUCGCAUCGAGAUUCUAAAAUCAGAAGUAGGUGUGGGUAUUGAGGAACAUGUGAAGCAGAAGUUUGUGAAACAUAUUUGCACGUUCCUAGAGGCUAUUCAAUGCCAUCUAGAGGGUGGAUUUUUUGGCGACUGGAGCCUUGAGAAUUAUGUGGAGAAGACCAUAAAGAAUAGAUAUAGCUCUACUCUCGGAGAUAUGGUUCAUAAAAUUUAUACGAAGAUGGAUUUGUUGGUGUUCACCGAGGAGGAUGGAUCCCCUAAUAACUUGCUCAAUAGCGAGGAUAGUAAUCAAUCCUGGAGAGAAAAACAAGAGAAAGAUCAAAUGAGUGAUGGUUGCAGAGUCAAUCAAUCAGUGGCAGUGAGAAAGAGGUUCCCCCUUCAUGAAUAUACUGAUGAAAACUGCCAAGAGAUUAAAAGAGAGGAGCAUUCUCGUAAAUUAAUGGAAGCUCAAGAAAGAAGGGAGAGGGCUCGAAGAUUUGCCUCUUUCACUAGUUGGAUGCCGGAUUUACAAAGGGUUUGGGCGCCAAGACAUACAAAGGAAAUGAAAGUUAAGGUCCGGAAGCUGUCAAAGAGGAAAGGCAAUAAAAGUACAAGCUGCUAUGAUAUGGUAUGUGAGACCCCAAUGACAGGAAAUGAACGUUCACAUCAACGAGUAAAUUCCAGUGGUGACAAAGAAUACCAUAAUAGCAAUGGGACAAAGUCUGGCGUGUCAGUUUCCAAGGCUUUAUUUCGAGAUUAACUGUUAAAGGAGCCAGUCAAUCCUUCUUAGGCUUCUUUAUUUUGUGUCUUUCUGCAGCCAUUUCCACGAAAAGGGUAAAAGGCCUAACUGCUCGCGAAUGCUUAUCUAUACAGCUGGUUUGGACUAAAGAAUGACUUGUACCAUUUCCUUAGCAGGCUCCAACAUGAAAUGAUCUGGUUUCUAAUGAAGGUAAGGAAAAUACAAAGCUGACAAAAUUCGAGACAGAAUACCAUGCAUGAUCCAUCAGCUCUCUACCGCGGAGAGGCAAGGAAAUGGUGGUCAUGCCAGAAAUUCUAAGAGCAUGUUUAAGGAUGUGGUGUUCUGCAACUGGGAUUGAAAGAUGACUUAGAGGUCUCAAAGGCGUUUUAAACCGGUGAAUUAUCAUUCGAAAGGCUUUCGAAAUUUUCUUGGUCUGUUUGUAUAUGUGACUCUUUGUAAAGAUAGAAACUCAAAUUCAUUGCAGAAGACGCAUGUGAUGUGAUCUUCUGGGCUUGAAGAACCUUGGAGACAACUUUAAGGCCGAAGAUCUUUGUGACAUAUUCAACAUAAUAACAUUUAGAAGAACUUCCUGUAACUCUGUUCUU